AUGGGAAACUUCUUCUCUCGCCCAGGUCGGGAGGCAGACGCGCUGCCUCCGGGCGCUUUUUCUGCUGGUAAUAUUUCGUCUAUCAACAGCUCGUCAGUUGCUCCUUAUCUAGGCAUCAAUGCUGGAUCGUACGAGGACCCUUACCCGCCGAUACCCUUCGAAUGGAUCGUUUCGCCUAGUAAAAUCGAUGGAACAUGCCCCAACGGCCAUCAGAUACUGACAUGGUUUGGUGUCACGGAUGCUGUCAUUACUGUUCUCGCAAUUCUCUGUGCUUACCGGCCUUUUGUCCACUGGCUUACCCGUGGAAAGCUUGGAAAUCGCGCCAAGAACCGCUUGGCUCUCAUGUGGACUGUAACAUUUGCCUGUCAGCUAACAGCCAGCGCUAUCGUCGCUGGCAUCAUGGGCAACACCCCAGGUUACGAGUCAUUGAACAUGCUGCACAUCUUCACUGUCGCCAUGUCACGGCCCCGAUUCUACCCCGUCGUUCUCGGACUACUGCGCUGCGUUGUUACAGCCCAACGAACACGCGACUGGGACAAGACGACAAUCAUCAAACGUAGCGCCGACGAUCGCGUUGAAUUCCCCUACACAGAUACCUGGAUUACAACCAGUUUCUCCGAGCUAGCACUACUUAUAAUAUCCGCCGUAUUUACUGGCGUCACAUGGAACCGCCUUCCCUCGGACAGCAAGUCCCGCGAGUACACCUCGGACCACGUGAGCUUUAUAUCAAGCACCCCAGGAAUCAUGUUUCUCUGCAUGCUUGCCUUCCUGCCUAUUUACAAGCGAUACGGCGAGGCUUACCCACUUGAAGGACGACGGUAUGAGACUGGCAGGCACUGGGGCGUGACGGUAAGCAGUGAUGGCAGGACGAGGAUCGGUGUCAAAAAGGACAACAACAAGACUGCAGUCAAGAGAGGAGCCAACGCCGUGUGCGCGGUUCUUCUCUUGGGAUACAUCGCUCUGGUCCAGUGGGCGUACUGGACGAGACUUGUUGAGAUGUCAGGAGUGCUGUUCUGUCCUCCCAAGAUGAUCGAGUCUUCGGUCGUGUGGGUUGUGUUUACAGCUGUUGAUCUGACCCUCCCUCUCCAUGUACUCAAGCUCGAUAUCCUCCAGGGAAGGCUCAGGUCAGCCGUCGGACUCUUCAAGAUCGUCGUGAGGAGGUCAACAACAGCCAAUUGGAUGAACACAAUUGCCGACCAGGAACCUGAUCCAGGGUAUCUCAAAGCAGGCGAGGAAGAUGGUAGCGUCUCCGCAGAAGUCGCGCGACGUCUCGGACCACGCUUGGGCGACAUCCUUCGAGGGACUACUCAUUCCCUAUCUAUCCUGAACGAUGACAGUAUGCUGAGCGGCCUCUACCUUGAAAGCGGUAGAGCACGCUGCAUCUCCCAGAUUGCCGCGUCCGUGGGCAAGCUAGGUCGUCUGAACCCAAAUAUGAAGAUUGUCGAAUUUGGUGCUGGUGUGGGCUGUGCAAUAAUAGGGAAAGUCUACGCCUUUGCCAUUUUGACUGAGGAAGUAACUCACAGACCAGAAGAAGCCUCUGCCUCUGAUAUUGCCAACGUUGGGAUGGUCGUCUAG